AUGAGUGCCGUGGAGAAGGAGCAUGGCAUUGUGUGUCAGAAGGCAGUGGUCCUCAUAGCCAACCUCUGUACCCAGGACAGCCCGCUGGUGGACCGCGACACCUGCGAGGAGUUCCUCUUCCUGAUUUCCAGACAGGACUACGGUGUUGACCAACCAGGCUCAGACGUCACCGCUGGGCUCCCCGUAGGCGUGCUGGUGGUGUGCGGCCUGGCCCUCCUGCUGCUGCUCGUGCUUGGCUCCUGGAAGCUGUGCCGGCCGCCCCGCCACAGCAAGGCCGCCUGCUCUGGCUCGGCCCCCGCGCGCCCCCCGGACGAUCCACCCUCCCGCCCGCCCGGUCCCCAGCCACCACUGGUCAGCAUGGCAGCGGAGAAGCUGAAGGAGUCCUUGGCGCCCAUGGGCUUCCUGGAGGCGGCCGUGAAGAUCAGCCACACGUCGCCCGACAUCCCGGCCGACGUGCAGGUGUCCAUGCGGGAGCACUUCCUCCGGCGCACGCAGCGCAUGCAGAGGCAAACCACAGAGCCCGCCUCGUCUACCAGGCACAGUUCCUUUAAACGCCACCUGCCCCGUCAGAUGCAGGUCGGCAGCCUGGACCUGGGUGACGACUACGUGGACGUGGACGAGCAGCUGACCAGCAUCGGCCGCAUCAAGCCCGAGCUGUACAAGCAGGCGGCGCCGGAGAGCGAGGGGUCAGGCAAAGGCGGCGGCAAGACCUGCGGCAGGAUCAACUUCUCGCUACGCUACGACUACGAGAACGAAAUGCUGCUGGUCCACGUGCUGAAGGCCUUCGACCUGCCGGCCAAGGAUCUGUGCGGCAGCUCCGACCCCUACGUCAAGAUUUACCUGCUGCCCGACCGCAAGAAGUUCCAGACGCGCGUGCACCGCAAGACGCUCAACCCCACCUUCGACGAGUCCUUCCAGUUCCCGGUGCCCUACGACGAGCUGCCUGCCAGGAAGCUCCACCUCAGCGUGUUCGACUUCGACCGCUUCUCCCGCCACGACAUGAUUGGCGAGGUCGUGGUGGACAACCUGCUGGAGGUGUCGGACCUCUCGCGGGAGACGUCCAUCUGGAAGGACAUCCUGUACGCCACCACUGAGAGUGUGGACCUCGGGGAGAUCAUGUUCUCACUAUGCUACCUGCCUACUGCAGGAAGACUCACACUCACUGUUAUCAAAUGCAGAAACCUGAAGGCCAUGGACAUCACGGGAUAUUCAGAUCCCUAUGUAAAAGUGUCUCUUAUAUGUGAUGGCAAGCGUCUGAAAAAGAAGAAGACCACCAUCAAAAAGAACACGCUCAACCCUGUCUACAACGAAGCCAUCAUCUUCGACAUUCCCCCCGAGAGCAUGGACCAAGUCAGCUUGCACAUCUCUGUUAUGGACUAUGACCUGGUGGGUCACAAUGAGGUCAUAGGCGUGAACCGCGUAGGGUGCUCAGCUGAAGGCUUGGGCAGGGACCACUGGAACGAGAUGCUGGCGUACCCCCGUAAGCCCAUUGCACACUGGCACCCCCUGCUGGAGUCCAAGAAAUCUGAAAAAGAGUGGAAAACCAGAACAGCUAGUUUUGACAGUCAGGGGUCCUGCCCUUCCCCAAAAGCCCCAGCCAGCCCAUGAUUGGUGCCACAUGUGGUCCAGAAUACCUGACACCCUCCCCCCCAUGACUAACUAUCUGUGUGCCCGAGGAAGAUCAAAGAAAACCAAACAAAAACAGAGAACAACUCUAAACUCCAGUGUCUCCAGGUCUCUUGGCUGGCGCCGCUGAGUAAUACCUCUGGUCGAAAUCUUUCAAAGCCUGGUUUUUAAUCGAGUUCUCCCGCCUCUUGUACACUGAGAAGACAGGCCUUUUGCUACAGCCUUUAUUGUGAGCGCGGGGAAAAAAACUGCUUUUCCCUUCACGUUUUGAAGUGUAUCCCUAGGCUGAGGCAAAUGAAAUCUGACCACGCAACUCUCGGAGGAGUCUAGCGUGCACGGAUGGGAGUUUUCUGCGCAUGGAGGGCCUCUUUGAUGACAGCUUUGCUCAGAGCUGCUUGCAGCCCGAAAGGAAGAUGAUCUUAUCGCCUGGAGCCAAGAGCCCGAGCGGUUUAAUGCUGAAAUGGGAGCUAAUGCGCAUGGCUGCCUAAAGGACGAAGACUCUAUCAUAGGCCAUAGUGUCCAAUCACAGGAUGACACUUCACUGAUGAAGAGAUGGGAUUGCCCAUUGCUAUGUCAUAAAUGACCCCCUUCCUCAACAACUCCCAGCCCAGAAAGACAACGCUCAUGAAUGCUUUGCAGUGACCUCGUGGAGACUUUUAAUAUAGCUGUCCCAAGUUGAUUGAUGUCGUAAUACAAAAUUGUGUUAGUAAGUCAUAAAAAGAGGCAUUUGCCAAUCUCAGCAUAGCACAAUGAUCUCAAGUGCUUUCCUUGAGCCUCCACGGACCUGUAAAAGUGAAAAUCUUCAAAGACCAGAAGGCUUGAAGUUAUUGGUGAAUACAUUUGUAAAUGAAAAAAAAAAAAUAGAAGAUUACAUAUGUAUCUUUGUUUAGGUAAAACCUUUAGUUUUAACUGUGUUUCUGGACACAAUUGUUAAAUUGUGUUUUCUGGUAACUUGGUAUUCACUUUUUCAGUAGCUUCUGUUUUUGAAUUCCAUUCCACACCUGCUGAAGUUGUAGUUCUAAGGUUGUAGAAAGUGAUGUUAUUUCGUUUACUGUUAGUUAUUCACCUAUUCAGUUCAAGCGUCCUCUAACCCAGUUUUAAGUUUGUUAGAUAUGCCAGUAACACAUGGGUUUUAUACUGGAAAAUGCAUUUGGUCGGGGUUAGGUAAGGUAAGGGGUUAGAAAUUGCAGAAACAAUUCAAGUAACUUUGCUUUAUCUUCAGUUAGGGAGCUGGGGAGCUUGGUUGGGGACUCUGAAACGUUUUGUUCAUUAAGUUAUUACUAAGCAUGAAGGAGGAGGUCUGAUGCUUGAUUGAUAUGCCCCUGUAACGCACUUCGUUAAAGCACACCAGAGGAAAUAGUGCAUUACUUUAAGACAUUAGAGGCUGUUCAGGAAGAAGGCAUCAAAGUGUUCCACGCAUGGAAGAUUUGUUGGCAGGACUUUUCAUUAUUAAAACGCCAUUUCAACUUAACUAUACCAUUAAUAAUAGCGUAAUAUACAACAGUUGCUCUAUUCUCAAUAGUGGAAUACACAACAUUUUUUGUAUCCUCAAAGCUCUCUAUUGACUCUACGCUUACACUGUAGACACUGGUAUUCCUAUUGUCCAACAGAUUAUCAAUGCAUUGUCACUCGUUAUACUGCUAUGUAAUUAAUGAUAUAAUUACGCAGUAGCAGUGCUUUGUUCAUGCCAACAUUUUGAGAUACUUAACAUCCAAUAUUUUUCAUAAUUCAGAAAAUGCAAUGUACUACACUGAAAACUCCAAAGAGGCAUGCCGAAAAUUAUUUAAAAUAUACUUCAUGACUUCAUGCCAUAAAAACAUAUAAAAUCCACAAAGAGCAUUAUAUUCAAGAACAUUACAAAUUCACCCUUUCAGCCAGUGCAACAUAACAUUUGUUAAAACCAGAAUGACAACAGUAAUUAACUGUUCACACUCCAGAAGGUCAUUCGAGCAACAGAAAAUGUGAGAUCUUAAAGUAAAGCGACAUUUUUGAGCCAGUUCUACCCUAUUUACAAACAGCAAAUAGCAUGCAGCUCCAGUAAUAAGUGUCCCUAUUUGAAGUGCACUUUACCCACCCAAACUGUAUCUACCUGACCAACCAGGUGUUUUUCCACACAAAUGAAACCACAAGAGCAACAUGGCCAAACAUGCCUGGUAACGCUGCUUCCUUUUAACAUUGGUAAUGUCCUAAAGUUGUUCUAAUGUUGCUAAAAGCAACUAGAAAAUAUGUUUAACCUUUAACAUGAAAGCCCUUAUAUCACAGGGAAAGCCAGAGCAUAUUCCCCAAUCACACACACUUAUCACAGUUGGUUAAUUUGAAUGCUGUUAGAUCACGUUCAUAUUAUAAAGUAUAUGUUAUGUCCCAAUAAUGUUAAAUCUUAAAAAAAAAAAGAAAAAAAAAAAAAAAGGCGACCCUGAUAAGCAAGAGCACCCAGGGAGUGAAAUGAAAAUAGAAUACUAAAAGUUGCAAUUAAAAAAGGUUUUAUUCCACUGUAAUUGUAAUUGAUAGUCUUUUGCAAAUUUUGUACAUUGUCACUUCAAGGGACAUACAUGAUUUUAAAGAGUGCUCACAAGCAAUUCAGUUUCAAUUUUUUUAAAUGACUUUGGCUCUUUUUUACCUAAAAAAAAACUUUAAUAAGGAGAUUUUGCCAUUAUACUAGUCCUUGUGGUAUGAAAUUGAUCUAUUAUGUGACAAUAGCUGAUAGUUUUUUCUCACUGUUCACAUUAUUCAUGCAGACAGUUGUGUUGUGCAUUUUCACUGUUCUAUGCCAUAAUGUUGUAUCAUGUUGAAUGUAGUGCUCCGUGUGUGAAAUGCAAGUUGCAUCCAAACGUUAUGUGCUGCGAGAAUGACUGCACUUGUCUGGCAGUAGAAAGCCUGGGUUGCAGUGGAGAAGCACACGGAAACAGCACUGGAGGGGAGGUUUCCUCCAGAGCCCCAGAUGUCCAGUUCUCUGUCUUUGGAAUCGGAGGGGGGACGUGCGGGAAGCACGCUCCCGUAGGACUCCAGUGAGCCGAACAUCUGCAUAAGAGCUAAGGGAACGGAACCACCCUCACAGGCGCAACUCAGCCCACGACGUCCGAAAUGCUUUCAAAAAAGCCGCUGCCUGAAGAUGGAUCACAGAGCUCUAGCUGCACUUUUCGCUGAAAUAAAUGAAAUCCAGAUUAGUCUGGGCUCUGCUUAGGAAAUGCCGUCCAUCAGCGUACGCAUCUUACAAUUGUUGAAGUUUACACAUUUCUAUAUAAUAAAAUAAAUUUCGUAUUUUGGCAGACUUGUGAAUAAGUCCAGGUGACAUCUUGAUGACUUGAUAACUUGCUGUACCUUUUUGAUUACUACCUGUUCUAACAGCAUUUAUGAUGUCCUCAGGCUCGACAAUAUAAAGCCAAUGUUUUCCUGUUGUGGGUGGAACCUGUGAAAUAGAUACAAAUGACUUCAUGGUCUGUGUGGUUUGUCAGCCUCUCUCUCUCCCCUGUGAAUGUAACAAGUUUCCAGUUUUAUAUUGAUAAUUUGUACUUGUAAUACAACUGUUGGACAACUGUUCUUGUAUCUCAAACAUGCGGAAAUAAAGAUGUCGGUUUGGUCGUUUAA